AUGGACCGGCUGAUUUUGACAGCCAAUGGAAAGGUUGAUCGAACGGCAUUGCCUCCGCCCAGUCUUGGCGUCCGCGAAGAGGUGCCGUCAGAGGAGUGCGAGCCGGAACAGCUGGAGGCUGAGUUGAGGGCUGCCUUCGCGGCGGUCUUGAGCAAGAAGGUCUCGGAGGUACCUGUUUCGGCAUCCUUUUUUGCCCUUGGUGGGCAUUCGAUCUCUGUGGGACAAUUGGUAAACCGGAUCCGGAGGGAGCUGAAGCUGAAUGCCGCCAUAGCAGACGUUUACUCGUCGCCGAGUGUGAAGCAAUUGGCGGCCCGCCUGCGUCCUCUAGCUGCAGAGGCGGAAGACGCCCAGGCCCAGGCCGAGGAGAGUGAGACGUGGGCUCCUUCCUCGUACCCGUCGUACCCCGCUUCAUUCCAGCAGCUCUCACUGCAGCGGAUGGCAAAUCUGAGUGCUGCCGCCUCCGUGCGUGGGCCCUUGAAGGUCCGCUGCCUGCAGCAGGCCUUCCGUGCCCUUGCUUGCCGCCACGACGCGCUGCGCAGUGUCUUUGCGGAGCACGAGUGCAAGAUUCUCUCAGAACAAGGGGGCACACUGGACUUCCGUCAUGUGGAGCCAGGGGUCAUGGGCUUCGAGCUGGAUUGGCUGUUGGACCAGCAGUACGAGACCUUUGACCUCGAAGCUGGGCCUUUGUGCAGGGUCCGCGUCUUCCAGGAGUCGGAGGACAAUUGGAUCCUACAUUGGACACUCCACCACGUGAGCGCCGACUUGUGGAGCUACACCAUUCUGCUGAAGGAACUCGAAGAUGCCUACGAGCAUUACAGUCAGUAUGACGGGCAUGACGGAGCUGUGCAUGAAGAGCCUCCUUGGCCGAGCAGCGCCCCGCAGUACAGGGACUACGCUUUGCAGGAGAAGCGGUUCUUGCAGUCCGACCAGGGGCAGAGGAGCCGAAGUUACUGGCACCAAAAGCUCCAAAAGACACCACCGGUGCUGGAUCUGCCUGGAGCAACAGCAACCGAACGAAAGCCCACCUUCAAAGGAAGCAAGCUGGACUUCGAGGUGAGUUCCGAGCUCUCGGAGUCCCUUCGGUGCCUCGGCCAGCGCUGCGAGGCUUCCCUGCAUGCCACCCUGCUCACGGCAUGGAUGGUGCUACUCAGCCGAUAUGGCCAGGAGGAGGACAUUUGCGUCGGCACUCCCAUGGCCUGUCGCACCACCGCCGAAUCUGAAGCGACUGUCGGCUACUUUGCAAAUCCAGUUUGCAUCCGAGCCAUCGUGUCGAACACUUACGAAAAGCUGCUUCGGGAUGUGGCCAGGGAUGUGACAGAAUCCCUACAGCAUCAACGAGUGCCGCUUAGCCAUGUUUGCGAUGACUUGGGCCUGGAUCUGCGCGCGCUACUCCAGCCCCUGUUUGUCUUCCAGACAUGCCCGGAUGAGCUAUAUCAAUCUCGACUUCCAUCUUUUUUCAUGGGCCACGAAGGAUCUGAGAUUUCAUUGGGUCCUUUGCGCUUAGAGUCCAUCGGGUUUGGCCAGAAGUUCACGCAGUUUGACUUGGCAUUGGUAGUGGCGCAUGGUCCUCGGGGUGAUCUCAUCGGCAGCUUUCAGUACAGCACCACUUCGUACACACGAGAUGCGGUACUUCGGCUGCAGGCUCAGUACCUGACAAUCCUGCAGUCCAUGGUGAAGGAUCCUUCCCAGGAUGUUGGCCAAGUUCCAUUGUUCGUGGAUGAGGAUCUUGCGGAGCUGCGCCGACGGGUCACAAGCCCAUGGCUCCAGGAUCUUCCCAACGACUCCUUGCCCCGACUCGUGGCGUCGCGCGCUGCGGAGAACCCCAGCGCCUUCGCGGUGGUGAGCCCGCAAGGGACCUACACCUUCGGCGAGGUCCUGCGCCGGGCACAGCUCUUGGCCAGCGCCUUAUUGGAGGAAGCCUCCUUCAGCGGGCCAACAAGGGAAAGACAGGGCAGCCUGGGCAGCUGGCAGCGAGAGGGCCGGGGAGCCGCCCCCGGCCGGCAGCUUUCGGGCCUCCUGAGCUGCCGUGUACCCUUGGUGGAGGAGGCUGAGGCGGCUGAGGCGGCUCAGGGCUCUCUCUCUCUCAGCUCGCAAGGCAACGGCUCCUUCUUGGAAAGCUUUAACUUCUUAGUCGGUUUGAUGGUGAGCCCUGGACCUUGGAUGGUGGCGGGCCCACUGGGCUGCUGGAUGGCUGGACGUGGUUACUUCGCUUUGGACUCCUCGCACCCGACGGAGCGGAUCCAGCAAAUGGCCCAGGAUGCACACCCCCAGUGCAUCCUUUGCGAGCGCCGCGCGCAGUCCGUCGCCAACUCCUUGGGCUGGCCCGUCCUGGUGACCGAGGAGCUCCAGAGCAGGCCAGCACAGGGCACCAGGCCACCAAGUCGCAUGGGUGCCACGGCAGGCGCAGUGCGCCCGGCGGCUCGACCGGUCGUCCUAAAGGCCCCACUCAGUGUUUUGCUCUCCAUGCGAGCAGUGCUUGCCCACGUCAUGUUCAGUAGCCAGCACUUCGGCUUCAAAGCAGGGCAGGCGACGCUGCAGCACACGUCAUGGACUUUCGAUGCGCCGAUUUGCGAGAUCUGGCCUGCACUGUUGUCCGGGGCAACGGUCGUGAUCAGCAAGAGAGAUGGCUCGAAGGACUUCCAGUAUCUUGCUUCCCUGGUUGAUGAGCAGCGGGUCAGCCACGCCCUCUUCGUGCCCUCCUUGCUGGCCGAGAUUUUGGAGCACCAGGCGCUGCCGCGAAGCCUGCGAUCCCUGGUCGUGGUGGGCGAGGCCUGCUCCUUGAGCCUGGCGCGGCGGAUCUUGGAGGCGCCACUCUCCUUGAAUAACUUCUACGGUCCCUCGGAAGCCGGCAUUGGGGCCACGAUCUACGAGGUGGACAAGAUUGGUGCAGUCCCAAACCAUGUGCAAAGCCUACCAAUCGGACGGCCUGUCUCCUGGCACGAGGUGAUCUUGCUUGACCCACAGCUGCGCCCAGCGCUGGGAGGUGUGGGCCAGAUCGGAAUCCUGGGAGAGGGCUUGGCCAGUGGAUACCUUCGUCUGCCCCAAGAGACGAAGACGCGCUUCAUCAAGACUCCCGAGGCCAUCCGUGAGGUUCUUCCCCAAUGCGGUCCAAUUACCUACCUCACGGGGGAUGUUGGGCGCUACUGCCAGGAUGACGUUCUCGAGUUCGUGGGACGCCUGGACAGUCAGGUGAAGCUCCGCGGCCAGCGCGUGGAGCUCGGCGAGAUCGAGGCGGCGCUCCUCUCCGCCAAGGCCGUCACCGAGGCCGUGGCGCUGGUGCACGGGGACCGGCUCAUCGGAUACUUCUCGACCUUGCAGGCCACUGCGCUGCCCUGCGCUGCCCUGCAUGUUGCUGUGCAUUGCUGUGUGCCAGACGCGAGAGCUCAGUGUUCUCAGGGUGUGGAGGAAGGCGAUGCGGCGGCCUUCUCGGAGAGAGGCCCCGACUAUUCCAGGAGCCGCAAGUAUAGAAAAUCAGGUCGCGCAGUGCGUGGACAAAACUAG